AUGAGUGUUGCGUUUCGUCAUAUACACAGUCUCUCUUUCUCUGUAUCUCUCUCUGUAUCUCUCUCUCUCUCUCUCUCUCUCUCUCUCUCUCUCUCUCUCUUGCUCCGUAUUUGUGCCGCCUCAAGUCAAUCGGUAUCAGUCUAUCUAUCUCAGUCUCUUGAUCUAUCUAUCUGUCUAUCUAUCUCUUUCAAUGUCAGUUCAUAUCUAUCUAUCUAUCUAUCUAUCUAUCUAUCUAUCUAUCUAUCUAUCUAUCUAUCUCUUUCAAUGUCAGUUCAUAUGUAUGUAUGUAUGUAUCUAUCUAUCUAUCUAUCUAUGUCAGUCUCUUCAUCUAUCUAUCUAUCUAUCUAUCCGUUUCAAUGUCAGUUCAUAUCUAUCUAUCUAUUGCACGAACGUGAUUUCAUAUCUAUCUAUCUAUCUAUCUAUCUAUCUAUCUAUCUAUCUAUCUCGGUCACUGAGGAUCGAAGUGGUAAUAACAGACCAAACUAUCUAUCUAUCUAUCUAUCUAUCUAUCUAUCUAUCUAUCUCUCAGUGAGUAUCGAGGCCAUUACUCAAUGGGAAUACCAGACCAGAUUAUCUAUCUAUCUAUCUAUCUAUCUAUCUAUCUAUGCAUAUAUCUAUCUAUCUAUCUAUCUAUCUAUCUAUCUAUCUAUCUAUCUAUCUACCUCUCAACCAGAUUAUCUAUCUAUCUAUCUAUCUAUCUAUCUAGCUCUCAGUGAGUAUCGAGGCCAUUACUCAAUGGGAAUAUCAGACCAGAGUAUCUAUCUAUCUAUCUAUCUAUCUAUCUAUCUAUCUAUCUAUCUAUCUAUCUAUCUAUCUAUCUAUCUAUCUAUCCCACCAGCUAUACCUAUUCAUAUCUAUCUAUCUAUCUAUCUAUCUAUCAACUAUCUAUCUAUCUAUCUAUCUAUCUAUCUAUCUAUCUAUCUAUCUAUCAGACCAGGCUAG